GCAUUUUGCCAGAGACUGUUGGUCUAGGCAAGGGAAACCAUCCAAUCAGGAUCGUGAGAACUUGAGAAGGAGGAUAUGAGGGAUCACUAUCGGGGCUUGAUUAAGGAGAGACAGGAGGUAGAGGAGAGGAAGAGGGAGGAGGAGCCGAAAAGGAUCAAGGAUGAGGAGGAGAGGCGCGGGGCUCUUGAUCUGGUGCGGGCUACGGAGGAAAUCCGCAUGGAGUUAAGGGCCGAUAUUGCGAGCCAGUGGAGAAAGCAACAAGAGUUGGCGGUGGCGGGAGGAGCAAAAGUGGCAGAACAGAAGGCGGCCGAGGCAGCAUGUGCGGCGGGAACUCUUGAGACCAUGACGGAUGGGAAUAUCGCCACGCUACAGAGGAAUACCCCGGGGAGGGGAAAGGGGAGGAAAUCUCGUAAGGACUUUAGGAGAGGUGGGACGAAGACAAGGAGACCGGACAGUUCAAGUGGGGGGACGGAUUCAUCGGAUGAAGAGCAAACCACCGACAUGGAAGAGAGCUCUGAAUCAGAUCUGGAAGAUGAACGAUCGAGAAAGACGAGGAGGGAUUUGAAGCUCAAGCGGAAGAAGAAGGGAAAGAAGCGAACCAAGAGCAACAAAAAAAAGGGGGGAUCUUUGUUGGAGAAUCAAGCUCAUGUGGACAAUCGGAGGAACAGAACGCUGUCAUUCGGAACAGGGACGGUAUGGGUGGAUAACUGGAAACAGAUUAAGAGGAGAUUCGGCCUUUCAGACGUGCGGGUUGGACUUAGUAGAAAGUUGCUCAGGGAUGUGAAGAAGGACCUCCAGCACGGAGGGCAGUUCACGUUCGAGAAGAUCCGCAUGACGAGGACGACAACGGAGCAGAAUAAGCAAGAACUGCGAAGGCUUCUGAAUACUCCUAGGCUGGCUUGCUGUCUGGGUAGGUGUACAAUCAAAAAGCUGAUGGGGAUGUACAAGGCGGCAGGGUUAUUCUCGAAGAAGAAGACUAAGAACGCACUUCGGAUCAAGUUAGACAAGGCGGUACGCACGAAGACGGGGAUACGUAUCAGGAAACGGAUUACUGUGAGGUUGCCUUAUGAUCCGAGGGUUGUGAGACAGGAGGUCAGGCGGGCUGCGGAGAAUAUGGUUGAAGCAUGCAUCUGGGACAAGGCGCUUGCGAACGCUGUGAAGGACAGGAUACGGGUGGUUUGGAUAAGGAACAGAACCGUGGCUGAGAUUAUCCAUAACCAUAAGAAGGCAUCCUCAACAGAACCAUCAGUCAGGGAGCUUUUGAGAUGGUUUGGGGAUCGAGGAUGGAAGCAAGUCAGGGUGUCGAGGAGAGGAAAGCUCUGCGCUUUGAGCAGGAGGGUUAAGUAUGGGGAAGGAUUUGUGACCAUUACAUUGGAACAAAUUAUGGAGGUCGCGCGGUUCGAUCUGAUGAACGCUUUCGUCAGAUGCGGGGAACUGAUUGGAAGACAGGUGUUCGGGAUCCCUAUGGGAAAAUCGACAAGCCCGGUGUUGGCGUCGAUUACUUGUGCAGUGGCGGAAUUCAAGUUCCUAUCGGAAUUGGGUACGGAUUGGGCAUUGGUAUGCGGGGUACGAAUUAUGGAUGAUGUCUCGAUCAUUGUCGGCCACAGGCAUUUGGCUGAGGAUGUGGCACGAGCGACCAGGAUUCUUGACGAAUUCGAAGAUGCCAAAUUGGAUGAUUGCAAUCUGCAGUUGCCAUUGUGGCCCACCGGAGAGGAAGGGAAUGAUUCCGGUUCCAUUAAGGCAGUCAAGCUUGCUAUGCCAGUSGUUGGAAAGAGGGGAGAGACUGUCCUYCCUACUUUCUCAUGUUCUGUAGCCACAGCGAAGAUGGUCUCAUUGUGUGAGUGGCUUGCAUACUGUCGUGGGAACAACAUUGCUCUUCUCCUCCAUGUCCUCCUCCUCCUCUUCAGGUCCACUUCCAGCACACUCCUUGACACUGCCACCGGCCCUAACAACGACCGCCACCUGAGUGAGCAGCAGGGUAAURAAGCUUCUCGUCUGCUCAAUCGUACCUCAGACUAUCAACGUCUAUCACUGAUGUAUGAUGGCAAUCUCCUUCAAUAUUUGGGCAAUGUGCUUGAGAACAGACCGGAUAGAUCUUCGCUUACCCAGCCAAGCAUGAUUUAUGCCAUAGCUGUCUCACCUGAUGGGAAAUCUGUGUACUAUUCCGAAAACAUUAACCUCAAUGGCAACCAUAGUCGACUCGUUGGAGGUUGCGUGGUGAGGAAGGCACAAUGGACUGGCACAGGCAAUGGUAGCGGGUAUAUCAUUAGUGAAUUUGCAGGGCCAUGGGAGAAAGAUCUUGAUUACCAAAAAGAAAACCCCAGCACUGCCGACAUCGGGACAGAUGUAUCAGGUCUCCUGUUGCUAAACGACCAGGAAUUGCUCGUUUCAAGAAAGUACAACGAUCGUUUGUCAAAAUUUAACGUAUCCAGUAGUGCUGAGGUUGRCUAUUGGAAUAUGAMUUUGCCACUAGGUAUAGCCAAACCCCUUUCUGGGSAGUUUUUUUACGUCUCCACCCAGGAUCGCAUAAACAGAGUUGACACUACCGUUCMGUCUAAUUGGUCCACCGCCAUCCWGMCCAUAGCAGGCCCCACAACCAACGGACCCCCGGAUCCAGUUACCKUAGACGCUACCGUCGGGYCCAAYGCCCGGUUUCGAGACCCAACUAUGGCUCCCCAGUCGACCUCACGUGAUGGCAAAUAUCUCUAUGUUCUUGAGUUCUGGAGCAAAUCGGUACGCGAAGUGUAUACCCCUACUGGUGCUACGAGGACCAUCGGUGGAGGCAACAAUGUGGCACUUCAGUUCGGUAUUCCUGACGUGUUCAGUAAUUCAAGCGCAUGUAUUGUCACCAAGGAUGGGUGCAAUCUCUUUGUCGCUGGCAAUGGAAGACUAUACUGGGCGCCCCUCGUGUCCGUUGGRGGAGAUAUUAGGGAGAUAAAUAUUGUUGCAGAGCUUGAAAGACCCCAAGGGGAGAGGGWUGGCAAUCUCAUGGAUUUGUUUCUGUUSGACGACCGCAACCAUUUGUUUGUAGGCUCCAGAGAUGGCCGUAUCUUUCAGUUUCAACUGAAUGCCACGGCCUUGCACAAUUGCACACAGCGCAACAACAAGAACAACCAUCUGAUCUUGAUCGUAGGGCUAUGCGUAGGGUUUGCAGUUUUGGCCUUAUCCGGAGGAGGAUUAGCCUUGCGUGUGGUUACAGUGUCUCGGAGGAGGCGCCUGCAGCGCAGCGCUAUGUCAUUGAUAUCGAGAGACGAACGAGGGACAACACAAGACACGCCUGGAGGAAAGGUUUCCAGUCAGACCGUGGGUACSACAGGUUCCAGMACGCAUAUACGAAAAUUCUAUUCUCGCCUAGCACCACCUUCUUCCUCUCUCAUAGAGUUCUCCCGCUCUACRUUGGAAAGUGCAAUCAGCSAAGGCAACUGUGUGACUGCUGGCAAGGGCGGAUAUGGCCAUGUAUACAGGGCAUCCUUGGUGGUGGGGAAGGAGAAGAUGGAGGURGCUAUUAAGGUCAUGGCAGGGGAGUUCAGCGAGAUGAAACUCGGGCAAUUCAGAGCAGAAGUACUGACCCUCGGAGGGGUUCGACACCGCAACCUCUGCAAACUCCUCGGCUACUGCACAGAGGGAGACAGUUUCAUGCUUGUAUACCCUUAUGUAUCAGGGGGAUCUCUUCACAGCUACCUGCAUCCCGAGCAUUCUCGGACAAGGGACAGGCUUUUCAGGACAAGCGAAGAGUCCUUUGCCAACGGCAAACUGACGCUGAGGUGGACCGAAAGGAUGUCCAUCGCCAAACAGAUAGCAACAUGCUUGCGAUACCUGCACAACGAAACSGAGCGACCAAUCGUACAUCGAGACGUGAAGAGCAGCAAUGUGUUGAUCCAGGGGAGGGGAAAGAAACUGCGAGCAUACCUGUGUGAUUUCGGUCUUGCAAAGCCAGGCAGAGAAGAUAGAGAUGAGGGGGACRUGAUGACAGGUCAUACUACACUUCCCACCCAGACAAGAGCUGGAACUCCUGGGUACAUGCCACCGGAGUACGUGUACGAGUCUAAGCUCACGAUGUCCAGCGACGUGUUCGCAUACGGGGUCGUGCUUAUUGAAUUGCUCACGGGCUUACCUGCUGUCCUUAGACCAAGAAAAGGAGACUCUGUCCCUCUGUACUCCUGGGCAAGGCGCUGGGGGGACAUUGAUCUGCUGAUUGACAGUGACUUGAAAAUGUUAAUCACACCAGAAGAGAGGGAAAUGGCUGUUGGURUAUUGGAACUGGCCUUUCGGUGCACAGAUGACUCAGCAUCCAACAGGCCUACAAUGCAUGAGGUCCUGCAGCAGUUUAAUUCAAUAAUGGAGGGGGUUCCCAUAGAUUCCAUCUCUUCUGAUGAAGAGGGUUUUACUAUAACUACUACACAAGCAGAUACCACCGAUGUCAUGGCGGUCUAAGGUGUGAGGUUCUGUAGGGGCCAGGCAAUGGUCCGUUUUGCGCAGGCGGCUGUAACAGGUGCAGAGCUUAGGAAGAGAACGGAAAAGAAAAAUGGCAGAUGCAGAAUUGUAGAAGUUUCAGAUAGAUGUAUUUUAUUUCGCCUUUUAAUACAUUGCAACCCCAGGGCUACCCUUGUAGUCUUGGACCUGAUUCCG